GCACUGGGAUGGACGCUCACCGGGAGCGCGCGUCCUCGGCGGCGCGCAUCAGACCGUGGUUUCAUUCCAGCCCGUGAAGUCACGCCGAUGGCGACUUGCGCGGCGCUCCGUUUUGCCUCCAAGGCUCCUGUAGCUUUGCCUUUGCUUUCAAGAGCCGCACAUGACACGCUUGGCCGGGUGCUCCGGAGGCCGAGUCUUCUUAGGGCGUUCAGCACGACGUCGCGACUGGCAGACGCUCUUAGAUUUACAGAAAAACAUGAGUGGGUUCGAGUUGAGGGGGAAAUUGGUACAAUCGGCAUCAGCAGCUUUGCUCAGGAAGCAUUGGGUGAUGUUGUAUACUGUGGACUGCCAGAAGUUGGGAAGAAGCUUCAACCAAUGGAGGAGUUUGGCGCUUUAGAAAGUGUGAAGGCUGCUAGUGAGUUGUACUCUCCAUUGACUGGAGAAGUAACCCAAAUCAACACAGAGCUGAAAGACAACCCUGGACUUGUCAAUUCAUCCUGCUAUGAACAUGGAUGGUUGAUCAAGAUGACCAUAGAAAACCCUGGAGAAUUUGAAGCCCUCAUGGAUGAAACUGCCUAUGAAAAAUACAUCAAAUCACUUGAGUAAUCUGUCGACUCUACUUCCUGUUAUUAAUCAUUGAUGACUUUCCUGCUAAAAGUCACUUGUAAAUUUCUGCCAUUAGAGACUGUAUUAAUAAUACACCAAAGUAUCUUGAUUUUGUAAUAGUUUCACAGUACCAAAGUAGUUAUCUAUUUUGUUAGCGUAUCAUCUUGUAGCACAUGUUGCUUACUAUCGCUAAUAAAAACUUGGGCCACUAUCACGUGCUUUAGCUCAGUUGCUUAAGUCAGUUAAAAAAGCCUCAAAUGUAUCAAAAUAUAGUAAGCCUCCUGUUUUCAGAGAACUGUUUUUCAUGACUUUAUUUUCAGGAAAAGAUUCCAGUUAGCCAGUCAAUGUAAAAUUGUCAAUAGUCACCAAAACAGUUUCACAUGAAGUUGGCAUUUAUUUUAAUUAUUCACCAGUUUGUUUUUAAGGCCUUCUUAAUAUAAAGGCCCCGUCUGAGUAAACGUUUUUGUGGUAUUGUAACUGCAUAUGUUUAAUAGGUGCAUAAAUACAAUUGAAAUGUGAAAUUACUGUAUAGAUUUAUUUAGCAGUUGUUUCCUUCCUCAUACACCUUUUUGGUUUAGAUAUCUGUAAACAUUCAAGAGAAUGUUCAAAUGAAUCAAGGAAACUAAUAAUAAUAAAUAAAAAACUUCAGUGGGUAAGGAGCCGGGUGCAAAAACAUUGAAGACGAGCAUUGCGGGUGAUGUGGUAUUCCUUUUAUGAAAUAACUUUUCUGAAUUUAUUUGCACAGUACUGCCAUGUCAUCUUGCCCUUAAUAAUCUAACCUAGCUGCAUAGGUUUAUGAAUAACUCUGUCUUUGUUAGUCAUUCACUAGGCUUGUCAGUGAAUCAAGGAUCUAUUUAAUUUAAUAAAUAUCUUACAACCAUUGAAAGUGUCUGUAAUUUGCAGUGAAGUAUAGUGAGAGAGAUGUAAUUUGGAAAUGUACUGGUAAAUUUGAUUCCAAAUAC